CCUCUCUGGGAAAGAUGGAACGGAUACUGCAACAUCUCUCACCAUUUAAUGGCACCUUUGGAGAGCAGAUGUGAUUUGGAAAGCCAGGAACAUCACCUACCGUUGCUAUGGUUGUUUUGCACCAAUGCUCCCUGGUGAGAUCCUGGCUGCUGCGGCUGAUUCUCCUCCACACGGCUUGUGAAAUGGGCAGGGGGCAGCUCCAUUAUUCUGUUGCAGAAGAAUCCCAGCAUGGCACCUUCGUCGGCCACAUUGCCCAGGACCUGGGUCUGGAGGUGGGCGACCUCAUGCCCCGGAUGUUCCGGAUGGUGUCCCAAGGCCGCAGAGACUACUUGGAGGUGAACCUACAGAAUGGGAUUUUAUUUGUGAAUUCCCGGAUAGACCGGGAGGAGCUAUGCACCAAGAUGCCGGUAUGCACCAUUAACCUGGAAGUGAUCUUGGAAAAUCCCCUGAGAGUCUUCCAUGUGGAAGUGGAGAUCAAGGACAUAAAUGACAAUGCACCUGUAUUCCCGGCAGCUGAGCAAACCCUAGUUAUUGCAGAAUCUGUAUCUCCGGGCUCAUCCUUCCCACUAGAGGGAGCUUCCGAUGAUGACGUUGGUUCAAACUCUCACGUCAGCUACAAAAUCAGUCCAAAUGAACACUUCACCUUGGAUUUUCAAAACAAUGAUGAACACGGUGAGUCUUUAGUUCUUGUGUUAAAGAAACCUCUUGAUAGAGAAUUAACUCAUAUGCAUAAUUUAUUACUAACAGCCACUGAUGGUGGCAAACCACAGCAAACAGGCACUGUUCAUAUAGUGAUCAACGUGUUGGAUGCAAAUGACAAUGGACCGGUCUUUAAUCAGUCUGUAUACAAAAUAAAACUUUUAGAAAAUGCAACAGUAGGAACAUUAAUUGUUAGUCUCAAUGCAACUGAUCUUGAUGAAGGAAUUAACAAAGAUAUUAUGUACUCAAUGCGAACUGUAAAUCCACAAAAUGUUGGUGAACUGAUUAGUUUAGAUCCAAAAACUGGACAAAUCAGAUUAAAUGGGGAACUUGACUUUGAAAGUAUUACAUCAGCUGAAAUUGGAAUAGAAGCAACAGACAAAGGCCUCCCACCAAUAAAAGGACACUGCAAAGUUCUGAUUGAAGUUUUGGAUGUGAAUGACAAUGCGCCGGAAGUUACAGUGUCAUCCCUGUCAGUCCCGGUGCCUGAGAACUCUUCCCCGGGGACAGUGGUGGCCCUCAUCAGCAUCUCAGACAGGGACUCUGGGGCUAAUGGGCAAGUGACCUGCUCACUGUGGCCCUCUGGGCUCCCCUUCAAGCUGACGUCCACCUUCAAGAAUUACUACUCACUCGUACUGGCUGAGCCACUGGACCGGGAGCAGGUGGCCGAGUAUAGUUUGGUGUUGAUAGCCCAAGACCAGGGGGACCCCCCACUGACAGCCAGCAGCAGCGUGGUAGUUCCAAUCAGUGACGUGAACGACAACGCCCCCACCUUUGCACAGCCCUCCUACACAGUCUUUGUGAGGGAGAACAACCCCCCUGGAGCUCACAUCUUCACAGUGUCUGCCUCAGACCCAGAUGUGGCCGAGAACGCCUUGGUCAGCUACUGGCUGGAUGAGAAGCUCUGGCCACUGUCGAGCUACAUCUCGGUGCAUUCGGAGAGUGGGAAGCUGUAUGCCCUGCAGCCCUUGGAUUACGAGGAGAUGAAGCUGCUGGAGUUCCAGGUGAGGGCCAAGGAUGCUGGGCUGCCCUCCUUGUGUGGCAAUGUGACCGUGCAAGUGUUUGUGUUGGACGAGAAUGACAACGCACCUGCAGUGUCUGGCCUAGCAGAGGAUACCCCCAUUCAGGUGAAAGUUCCUGUUGCAGCUGGACACUUGGUGGGCAAGAUCCAUGCUCUGGAUGGUGACUCAGGCUACAAUGCCUGGCUUCGAUAUGAGUUGUUUGAUGCAUCCAGUGGCCCAUGGCGGGUGGGGCUCUACAGUGGUGAGAUCAGUACCACGCGUGCUCUGGAGGAGUCAGAGGGCAACAUCAUCCAGAGUCUGCUGGUUCUAGUGAAGGAUCAUGGCAACCCAGCACUGUCAACCACAGCCACGUUCAGUGUGUCAUUGGUGGCCAGUGCCCAGGCUGUCCAGAGUGAUGCCCACCUCUCUAGGAUGGGAGGGAGCAGAAAGCCCCUGGCAGAUACAGCCAAUCUCUACCUGAUCAUCGCCAUCUGCUCCGUGUCCAGCUUGUUCCUUCUGGUGAUCCUUUCGCGGUAA